CCAGAUAAAAGGCAAAGGUAGCGUUUUUGCCGUUUCUUCCUGCAUCCAUCCUCUAAAGGACUGGCUGCCUUUGAAAUUACUGAAUAAUUAAUUGCUACCCAUUCUCUCUCUACCUUAAUUGUGUUUAGAUUACCAGGAGAGGUAUGGCUGUUAGAAGAGAAGAGAAAUGCCCGAAACUGGAGGAGUUCCAGAAGUCUAGUUCAUGGGUUCCAGCUACGCCUGUAAAGCAGACAUCAGACCAGCUGAUCUGCGCAAAUUGGCAAGAAAAUAUUGCUUCUGAGGUAGAUUUGCCAAAAUCGUUGGGUUAUUCACCUGUAAUCAGCCAAGAAAGAUUGUGUGGAUCCGGAAGAUUACCAGAAACUUUACCUGAAGAAGUACAAUGCCAGAUAGCAUCUGCAUGUUGUAGUUCAUCUAAUCUCAUUAAGGCAGGCGAAAAUUCCAGCAAUUGGCAAGCAAGAGCAGACAAGAAUAUUAAUUUUGGUGGACAUAACUUAAGGAAUAUAUCUUUUAUGAAGCAUCUCCAGAAUAUAGAAGAGGCAAGGAGCCAGACAGCAGUAGUAGAAAAUGCUCUUACAAGCAACUCCCCUCAUUUCACAAUUUCCACUGUUGACUCCUGCCUGCAACUGCAAGAAAAUUGGGAUUUAGUAGGGGCAAAUCUUGAGGCUGGAUUGGACAGACCAAAUGUCUCCACUGAUGGAAAUUUUAUCCAAACUAGAGCAUUCUACAACAUUAAUCAAACCCCCAGAACAGUGAAAGAUGCAGUUUCGAGCAUGAGCAUACCAUCCCAAUUUCAACCCGUGACACCUGAACAGUACAAUAAAGCAGCUUACUGGGAAGAUCUGGGGAGGCAACCACAAGGGAAAGACCUGGUAUCAGCUGUUAUGAAUGCACGGGAUAACAGAAUCACCACAGAUGGAGAAAUGGAACUUCCUAGGAAUAAAGAGAAGUCCAAAUUGAUCAUUGAUCUAUCGUGUGCAACCAUACCCCCAGAAUUACAGGAGAAUCACAAGCCUGACAAGGGAAGCGCAGAGGAGACCGAUUUAAUCCAAACCCCUCAGCAGAAGCCAAGGAGAAAAAAGCACAGACCCAAAGUUGUCAUUGAGGGCCAACAGAAAAAUACUCCUAAAUCAAGUGCUGGAAAAACUAAUGCACCCCAGGAAUCAACAAGAGUCAAAAGGAAGUACAUUCGGAAAAAAGGGACCAACAAUCCCUUAGAAGGGGAAACUGAUUUAAACAAAAAAACUCCUCCUCCAACGGGUCAAUCAGUUGGCAAAAGGAAGUAUGUAAGAAAAAAAGGAAUCAACAACCCAGAAGGUAACCUGGACAAUGGAACAUCAGAAACAGCAGAUGUAAAGCACCGGAGACAUACCAGAAGUUCCUGCAGAAGAUCCCUGCCUUUUGACACUGAUUGCCAAGCAAGAGAUGAGAGCUCCGUAUAUUGUCCAUCCGCAUCCUGUAAUAUGGUAUCACAACAAGCUGAGAACACCAAUGCAACUGAUCAAUCAAGAACUGAGCCAUGCGAGCAGGGGUUAGUGAUAAUGGAGAGAACUGGCAUGAGCAAUUUUCAGGAAUGUGCACACUCUUAUAAUAAUCAAGUAUGGGAAAAUUGCAAGGAAAUACCUGUACAGAGUUUCCAGUACUCCUCCAAGUCUACAAAUGUACAUCCAUUAAAGGAAACCCUGCUCUCAAAUAACACCAGAGGUAAAUGCCAGAUUAUAUUCUCAGAUGCAACACAUGAUAAAGAGGCAAACAUUUUUCAAGUGAGGAUGAACCCUGGUGAUCAAAGGACAUCAAAGAGUCCGACAGAUUCUACCUGCAACAGCACAUACUUGAACCUAGGAAGACAAGAAAGAGGCUUGAAAAGACAAGAGAUGGACACAACUGUUGUAGUAGAGCACAACAGGAAUGAGACUGGAGCAUAUUACAACUCCUUGCAGAAAUACUUAUCUAUAUUUUCACAAAAUGGAGACAACAGUUACAGUGGUCUUGGAUUGCAUUCAGCACAGCAUAAGAAAAAGAGAGCUGAGAUGGAACAUUGUGGGGUGCCAUCCACCUCAGACAAUCAUUUGAAUUUUGAAGGACACACUCCCAGAGAGUACCGCAUACACGUUUUUGCAUCAACUACCGCAACUGCUGGCACUCAGAAUGGAAGGCAAGUAUUUGAAGAUCUGUUAGCUUUGGAACCCACAGGGAGAACAAUAAAGAGGAGAUCAAGAGCCCCAACUCGAGUGAGGAAGUUGGCUUCAUUGAUGGAAAUCCAUAAGCAGGUUCCAGCAUCUUCAGGCAGGGAGGCAACAACUUCUAGACCUGAACAAGGUUUUGUAUUUCCAAAUAAACCAUAUGCCUACUUUGAUGCCCAGGAAACCGCCACCCACACAAAAAUGACAACUAAGCAAGCAAAGAAAAGCAUGACAAUGGAUUCAACACUGCAGUACAGUCACCAGCUGUCUACAUCAAUGGGACAACCACCGGCUAUGGCAUGGAUCACCGAAAGGCUUAACCAGCUGGAUCUAAAUGCAACCAGUGAAGCAUUAGUUGCAUACCACACAAAUUAUCAAGAGCUAAAUGCCCUAGUUCCAUAUCAAGGAAGUGGAACACUUGUACCUUUUGAUGAUCAAGUUAAAAGAAAGCGGACACGGGCUAAAGUUAAUCUUGAUGAUGAAACUACUAGAGUAUGGAAAUUGCUGUUGGAAAAUAUAAACAAUGAAGGUAUUGAUGGCACAGAUGAAGAAAAAGCUAAAUGGUGGGACGAAGAGCGAAGAAUAUUUAGAGGAAGAGCAGACUCAUUCAUUGCACGGAUGCAUCUUGUUCAAGGAGACAGGCGAUUUUCCCCAUGGAAGGGAUCUGUUGUUGAUUCCGUCGUCGGUGUUUUCCUCACUCAAAAUGUUUCAGACCAUCUUUCCAGCUCUGCUUUCAUGUCAGUUGCUGCAAGGUUCCCAGCUGGAGAAAAAACCCAUCCCCCGAUGCCACAUGAAGAAACACUGAGCCCAAUCCCCAAAGAAGCUGAGGUGUGCGAGAUUAAAAUAGGAGAGAUAUCAGGAUUCAACAGAAAGAACUCAACUACAUUAGCAUAUGGCGAUGAUACUAAAACGCUUCAGCAUUCUGAAGCUGCUAGUAUUAGAGAAGCAAACAUCAUCAAAACAUUUGGCAAGAAUUCUGAUGGACUUAUCUCAGAAGACAACAACAGAGGCCAAUCAAGGGAUAGCUCUAAACACAGUCAUAUUUCCCAUGAAACUGUUACAAACAAGUCCGGAAGUUUGGUUGAAGAUAGGAAGGACACAGAAGACACACUUUCUUCUCAAAAUUCUACAAGUUCCGUAAUUGAACUAACAGAAGGAAGUAAUUCUUGCCUAUGCAGCCCCUCAUUACAAGAACCAAUAGCUGGGGAUCAACCAGAUGGAUUUACCAGCUCUACUUCUUGUAUGAAACUUCUACAGAUGGUUGGCUCAGUAUUGCAAGUUGAUUGUGGAAGUGGCAAUGACAAAAUUGCAUCUGAUCAAAAUCAGAAAGUGAGAUAUGAAAGCUUGGCCAUUAACUUGGAGAGUGAAGACUAUUUAGAAAAUACUACUGUUUCUAAGAAACAUGUGGCAUCAAGUAGCAUGUCUACUCCAUCUCAUGUACCCAAGUUAGGAAUGGUUGCUGCACACUGUGACUUGUCCCAGAAAGCUAGUACGACCUCUAAUAGUUCCAGCAAAAACGAACUAUCUGCUGCUGAAACAAGUGGGCUGACUUGUGAGUCUGCAUCACAAAGUACAUUUCAGAAGGCUGCAUUGAUCAAUUUCCAAGAGGAAGCAAAAUUAUACAGCAAUCACCAAUCUGAAAUAACUCAGCCGAGUGAAGCAGCAGCAGAGAGCUCAUCCCAGGACAAAAUGGUGGUGAAUCCAGAUGGUCCUGAAGAUACUGUGGAUGCUACAGGUAGUAGUAGCAACAUAGAUAGCUCAAGGAGCUUAGAGCACAAGGAUAUUAAUUCAAACAAAAAUGACACAAAGCACCAUGCUGGGAAGCCAAUCGAUGUGCCUAAGGGGAAAGGGGAAAAGGUGAGGAAAGGGAAAGAAAAUGUUGAUUGGGAGCAUCUUAGAAAACAGGCAAACACCAGUAGAGAAAAAACAAGAACAGGCAAUAAGGAUUCUGUUGACUGGGAUGCUGUAAGACGUGCAGAUGUUAAUGUGCUUGCGCAGGCUAUCAAAGAAAGGGGAAUGAACAAUAUUCUCGCAGGGAGAAUAAAGGACUUUCUGAACCGCCUUGUCAGAGACCAUGGAAGCAUUGAUUUGGAAUGGCUUAGGGAUGUUCCACCUGACAAAGCAAAAGAAUAUCUAUUGAGCAUCAGAGGCUUGGGUUUGAAGAGUGUGGAGUGUGUGCGUCUCUUGACACUCCAUCACCUUGCCUUUCCAGUUGACACGAAUGUUGGUCGUAUAGCAGUAAGAUUAGGUUGGGUACCUCUUCAGCCAUUGCCUGAGUCACUACAGCUGCAUCUACUUGAAAUGUACCCUGUACUGGAGUCCAUUCAGAAAUAUCUGUGGCCUAGACUGUGCAAGCUAGAUCAAAGAACACUAUAUGAGCUGCACUAUCAGAUGAUCACUUUUGGUAAGGUAUUUUGCACAAAGAGCAAACCAAAUUGCAAUGCAUGUCCAAUGAGAGCAGAAUGCAGACAUUUUGCAAGUGCUUUUGCAAGUGCAAGGCUUGCUCUCCCAGCACCAGGGGAAACAAGCAUCAUGGGCCUUCAUGAAAAUAGAAGGGGUGACCAAACUCCAAUGAAUAAUAUGAAUAACUUGCGGUCGCCUCCACCCCAUAUGAACCAAAUCGAUUCUGUAUCUCAAGUAAGAAACACUGAACCCAUUAUUGAAGAGCCUGCUUCACCAGAACCUAUUAUCGAAGUGCCAACAACACCAGAACCAAGUAAUACAGAAGCAUCAGUGUGUGACAUUGAGGAUGCUUUCAGCGAAGAUCCUGAUGAGAUUCCUACUAUCCAACUUAAUAUGGAAGAGUUCACUCAUAAUUUGCAGAAACUCAUACAGCAAAACGAACUACAAGAAGGUGAAAUGUCAAAGGCAUUGGUAGCUUUAACUCCAGAAGCUGCUUCAAUCCCUGUGCCUAAACUUAAAAAUGUGAGCAGACUCAGAACAGAGCAUCAAGUCUAUGAGCUUCCAGAUUCACACCCUCUGCUCCAAGGGAUGGACAAACGGGAGCCUGAUGAUCCUUGCCCUUACCUACUUGCCAUAUGGACCCCAGGUGAAACAGUGGAUUCUAUUCAACCACCAGAAAGGAGGUGCAGCUCCCAGGGAAUUGAGAUGCUAUGCACUGAUGCAUCCUGCUCAUCAUGCAACAGCAUUAGAGAAGCAAGCUCCCAAACUGUCAGAGGAACUAUAUUGAUACCAUGCAGAACGGCUAUGAGAGGAAGUUUUCCACUAAAUGGCACAUAUUUCCAAGUAAAUGAGUUAUUUUCUGACCAUGAGAGCAGCCUAUUGCCCAUGGAUGUUCCAAGACGUUGGUUGUGGAACUUGCCAAGGAGAACAGUGUACUUUGGAACAUCAAUACCAACUAUUUUUAAAGGAUUGUCCACGGAAGGAAUUCAAUACUGCUUUUGGAGAGGGUUUGUUUGUGUGAGAGGAUUUGACAGGAAAACAAGAGCUCCGCGUCCUCUCAUUGCCAGACUGCACUUCCCUGCAAGCAGAUUAGGCAAGGGGAAAGGAAAGAUAGAUGAGGACAAUCAAUGAUCAGACUUAGCUUCACCAGCAGUAGAACAGUAAGAUGUAAAGUAGCUUGUACGAUAUGAAGUCGGGUAAUGAAAAGACUGUAUCGAGCGGAAAUGGUUGAUUUCGACAGAAAAGAUGGAAUAUUGGCAAUCUGCCUGGAUUGAUGAAUGGCUUGUUUUCUAAGUUAUUGCUUAUUGGUAUA